GGUUGUUUUGCAAGAGUCAUAGUGUCCACCAGGAAGUGAAAAUGUUUACAAUCUUUGAUUUGGUAAAAAAAAAUAGGUAUACCAGUUUGUUUUGGAUUAUGACUAACACACGUCAUAACCCGAGCAUACAUCGUUGUUGAUUUGCCCUUCUCAACAUGUAUAGUGGACUUUUACCGAAAGGUCUGACCGAUUUUAGUUCAGAUGAUGAAGACGACCAAGGUGUUGCAAAUCAAGAAAUAGCCGCAACUAACGUUCAACGUCCUGCAAUUGGACUUUCGCAUGGUCUUAAGCAAAAUUGUGUUACACUUGGAGACACAAGUUAUUCUUGUAUCCAGCCCUUCAUAGAACAUGACCCGUGUUUGGACUCCUUACCCGGGAUUUCCGAGGAGAAUUGGCAAAAAUGUAAAGAGCAGCAGAAGAAAAAAGAUGAGAUCAACACAAUGACGCUCCCCCAAAAAAGACCGCAGAGAAAAGGACGAUAUAAGAAAGAUGAAAGAUCAGCAACUAAGAACAUGGAAUCAAACAAUGAAAGCAGAGAACCUCAAGCGGAGCAUGAAAGGCGUUGGGAUGGGCUUACGCAGUACUUUGGCAUCAAUGAUAGAUUUCAACCCCCUGCCUGUAGCAAGCCUGCUCCCAAGUCCAGCCUAGAAAAGAGCAUAGAGAGCGCCAUCGCUGAAGGGGACUUUGGGAAGGCGGAGGAGAUGAGCGACAGACUCGCCACUCGAGAGCUUGCCAGGAACAUGAAGGAUGGGCUUGACAGCAGUCUGGCAGCCAUAGCUCACUCUGUAUCUGUGUUUACCUCAUGCUCAGAACAGUGAAUUGACUGAAGUUUUCAAGAAAUUCUCACAUACAACAAAAUUGAUUUAAGCUGUGCCCGCCCCACAUCAGAAAAUGAGGCUUUCUUCCUCUCUCCUGCGAGGACCCCGGGCGACUGAGAAACAGUUAAGGAAAGUCUCUUCUGCGUUCCUUUUUCCUUCAGCAUAAGCAAUUCAUCACAGAAUGAACUCUUAUUGUAUGUAUCUCUGGAUGACUCGCCUGCAAUUUCUGCCCAUUUAAUUUUGAAAUGGAUUUUGUGAAAUGGGUACUAAGCUUUUAUCAAAUGCUUGGGAAUCUCAUUUAGAUUAUUGUAUUUCAUUAAUUACUUGAUAGGCAAAGCAUACUUUUCAAUGUAGAUUUUUUUUGUGCUGUUUAAUUAAUUAGCAUGUUUUCUCUUUUAAUUAAAGCCAUUUUUUUAUUAAAGCCCACAGCAAAACACAUAUAUAAUUUGUUUGUAAUUAGGCCUUAAUUGGUGCUAGUGGAAGCUUAGCACCCUUAGUUUCUUUUUUCAUGAUUGCCAUUUUAUUGCCAGUCAGUCAUUAAUUAAACUGUUUUUCUAAUUAGCUUAUAAAACUGUUGAUGGCACAUUAUUGUAAGUAUGAGUUCAAAGCUUGCUAAUAAGCCUUCCCUACUCAGAAGAGGCAAGAUAAUGGAAUAUGCACAAAGCGGGCAAACUUUCCGACUCUUUUUCAGUCCCUAAAGAUGACAGUAUCUAGCAUCAGAUUAUUAGGGAACAGAAAAAUAGAGACAUGCAUUAUACCACUGGCAGUUCGGCAAUAUCUUCCCAGGAGUGGCUCUCUUUUUGCAUGUCAUGUAAUGCUGUUUGUCAAAUUGGCAGCAAGAUUACAUAAACCUCUUACGACUGCCCCCUGAAUGACAAUAAUGCUAAUCUUUAUUGAGAGAAUAUGGCAAUGCAUCCGGAAUAAAAAAAAAUGAUAUGGGGAGGAUAUACAGCUCAUGGCUUUGAUUAGAUAAGCAGUCAAAUGGUCUCACCAGACAACCAAUGCCAGUAAUGCGUUGAUGUACUUAGAUGUUUUUUAACACCUACAGAAUAUGGACUAUUCGUCAUCACAAAAAAUUGGAUUCCUUAUUGACCAAGUUUCGCCCACGUCCCAGGACUCAAAACCGGUUCCAGCGACUGCCAACACAACACCUUAGCUGUUACACCAAGAGAUCUAAAACCUCUUGACGAGGUUGCUAGGUGUUGGAUUAAAGUCGCGUCACUACCCCUCUUCUUCCCCAUCUCAAUUACCUAAUGCCUGGGCACACCUUCGAUGGCCUCACGGUAGCGCCAUCACACUUCUGACACCAAUUCGCAAAUUCGGUGGUAGCCCUGACCGGGACUUAAACUUGGGUCAUUGGAUUGUAAACCCAACUCCUUAUAGCCUUUAUGCCAAGAUAAACUUAGGACCUCUUGAUGAGGUAGCUACUCACUACAAUAUAUUGCAUACAGUGUUUUCAACUUACAUAUUGAACACUUUGACAUACUUGAUUAUAUUGUGUAUGUUUAUUCAUACUGUAAUUAUUAUUUAACAUGUUCUCAUCUGAGAUUUAACCUCACCACCUCUUGGUUCACGGCAUUCCAAUCUUCCUACUACCUGUUAAAAAUGUCCCUGGGACAAACCGGGAAACAGACAACGGCCAGGGGACCAUGACACAACAUCCAAAGAACGUCCUAAAACCGGGAACUAGACAACCUCCAGGGGACAAUGACACAACAUCCAAAGAACGUCCUAAAAACCGUCCCUGGGACAAAUUGGGAACUAGACAAAACCUCCAGGGGACCAUGACACAAUGUCCCAAUAACGUUCAGGGGACCAUUGGACAAACCGAGGAACUAUAAAAACGUCCCGAAGAGAACGUUCCCUUGGGACCAUCACGCAACAUCCUAAGGAGUAGUCAAAUUAAAGUCCUGAGAAUGUCCUGACAUGGUCCUCAGUGACGUCCUGGGAACUUACAGGGAACUAGACAAAGGUCCCCCAGAGAACGUUCCUUUGGGACCAUCACGCAAUGUUAGAAUGUUUUUAGAAAGUCCAGUGGAAAAGUAAUCGCUUGAAGGACCUAAUGGGAACGUCGCCGCAUGUCUUCAGGACGUCCCCAGUUUGCUGGGCUUCACUCAAAUCAUUGUCAAGACUUGUUCUUAUCAACAUAGUAAUUUCUUUGUUUAACUUGCACCGAUAGGACAACCACUAAUUGGAAAUAGAUUGAAUGGCAUCAAAGCAAUUUAGUGGACAGACUGCCUUAUACUUCAUUGUUCGCAGUAAUGCUUUUACAUGGCAUAAACAAGGUCAAGUUGAAGUAUAGCAAUCUAACUUUUCAGACUAGAAACCCAUUUUCCUUUUUUCCUCCCUACCUCGAUUCUUCGAAAUUAGACUGAAAUUGCACAUGAGCUGCCUAAUCUGAUAUUUAUUCCAUUCUUAUAUAGCCCUGCUUUCCAAAGUUGACUAAGGCCACAUUAUUUAGGCAUUAAGGUAGUGUGAUAAGGGAAUUAGGCUGGUCAUUAAUCGUUUACACGUCAAAUGCAGCGGAGCAGCUCGGGGUGGUGAUUUAGCGAGGCAAAGCCACCUAGCCCCUGUUAAUCCACCUCUCACAUGUUUUAAUUGGAAGAGGCUUCCCUGGAUACCACAUUUUAUGAAUGGGUUUAAGGCCAUUUCUUCCUUAAAGCCAUCAUUUAUGUCAUAUUGUUAAUACCAGCCUGAACACUUUAUUAAUAUAGAGGAGCAUUUGCGUUAAGUUGAAUCUUCUCUCCCUACCAUUGUCUUUUGAAGCUGCUGUUGUUUGUAAUGUGUAUCUUGGAAUAUCCAAGGAUUCUGAGAAAUGCACAGUUGUCAGUAAAUCAUUGUGAUGACGAAGCUCAUGUUGGUGAACUGGUUGAAAUACCUGCAUGAUCCGCAAUGUCUUGUAUACUUUGGAAGGGAUUCCAUUUGUGUCACUGACAGAAGCCACAUCCAUGCUGUCUAUGCAGUAGGCUGUGCAGUAGCAUAGAAGUCAGCUCAAAGUGGACUAUGAUCGAUAACUUGCAUUAUCUCAAUACUAUAUUGUGUCAAUACAAUGGACAUGCCUUAUCACGGCCUUAUCUUUAACAUGGCCUGUGCUGAAGUGAUAUAUAGUAUAGCGAGGCCACAUAUUUGGGAGUCCACUUGAAUCUCUAUGACAACCCAAACAUGAGUGACAACAGAAAGUGGUCCUAUUGAUUUAACUUUCCUAGUGGUUCUAAGCUACUGCAGCAGUGGCAGUAUAAUGCAGCAAAAAUUCGCAAAACCUUCCAAAGGUCACAGUAUUAAUCCUUUGAAUAAACCUUGUGUUUAACAGAGGCUGUGCUCAGGACGGAAUUGAAAGAAAAGAAAAUGGUUUUGGGAGAAAAAAAUUGAAGGUAUCGGACACUAAAUCUUCAUUUUAACAUUGGUCUUACGGAAACAUGGAAUAGGCUUGUAUGACUGCCUUAAACAAAGAACACAUGAGGUUUUUGUGUCGAAUAGGCCCAUUUAUUUUCUAGCUUUGUGUUUUUAUUCUGGCAGCAAAUGUUUUCAUUUCUGCUGGCUUGUGAUUUGAAAGGAUUUGGCACUAAGACACACACAAGGGGAGGGGGAGAAAAAAUCCUGAAAAGUGGAUCAAAAAAGUAAAUGAAAAAUAAUGUCAUAUUACAGAAAAUAUGAGAGGCUAAUUUGUGCCGACUUUUUGCUAAUUUUGUUCUCGCCACAGAAAGAGGAGCCGUCACCUGCUCGGCGCCACAGCGCUGACAGUGCCAGUGAUCCAUGAAAUAAGCUGCCGCUGGCUUUGUUCAGAUAAGAAUGAACAAAUCUGCACAAUGUACUGCUCUCGGAAUCUCAUUUUCAUACUUGCAUGCAGGCUAAAAGAAAUAAGCUGUUUGCAGGCUUGAUUAAUCAGACAUUUGAGGGCUUUUUUUGUCUCUUUGAUCUGUUCUGUCGCCUAGGUAACUUGGUUGACAUUAAUGUUGAGCCCCAGUAAAGACAAUCAGGGAUGUAGACUGAAUUGAUAAAAAAUAAAUAUAUAAAGACCUUUACCGCUUUACCCGCUCAGUGGCUGCAUUCAAAAGAGAAGAGGGGGGAGGGGGUAUGUGAGAGGAUUUUAAUUAUGUCAAAGUGUCAAUGUGUCAGUGUCUUUUUGGGGGGGUUUUAAGGAAGGCGUGGUUUCUAGACAUUUUGAAUUUCAAAUGCUCCCCACAGGAGAGCAGGUUAAUGUGGGUAAUCCUUGUGUUAAAAAAAAGAUACAUCUCUGGUUGUAAAGCUCAAGGAGCCAUUUAGCAUCUUCCAAUUUCCUUUUAUUUUCUCUCAAACCGAUGCCUUUUACCCAAUGACUUUUAUUUUUGGCAAAUGUGUGAACGCAGGAGAAUUGUCAACAAUUGAAUAGACCUUCAGAUUUAGGAUCCCAGCCUGCGCCACAUCCAAGCAAAAGCAUUUAGCACCUACAUCACUUAAACAUGGUGCUCAAAACGCCCUGGUGUUAUCUGCUGGCAAAUCUACUCCCAACAUGAGAAUGAUCACCCAUUGUAACUUACCCUUUCUCCAGAGUUCUGCCUAGAAAACAUGAUUGAUGGGCCUUUAAAACCUAGAAAAAAUUGCAAGGAAUUAGAAAACUGUCAUAGUAUGUUAGCUUCAGGUUAUGCAGACGCUUUUACAAAUCUUCCAAGUGACUGUAUAGAUGAAUGCCUCGAGGGCCCAGCCGGAGCCCAGUACUUGCAGCCAGCUGAAGCCCUUAUCUUUAAUCCAAGCAAAGUACCAUUAAUCUUUUUGAAAGACCUUUAUGGCUUUUAAUGUAUCCCAAAUUAGAACAUUUUACACCCUUGGUUCCUGAAAUAUGGUGAUAAAAAGCCUUUAGAGUUAAAUGUGUCCUGGCUGCUUGCACUGUCCUGCUUAGUCCCAACAUUUUGUCUUUCUAAUAAAGUUUAUCUCACUUAA